AUGGAAGAAGUAUACGGGCAACGUAGACAUCCCAUUGUUAUACACUUAUACGCUACUUGGCGGCAUAUUUUGUCAACCAUAGUUUUCGAUUUUCCUCUUCUCCGACUCCCUCUUUUUCUCAUUGUUUUCGGAGCCACUUUUUUCUACUCUCUCACUUUCAAUUUCAGCUACUUCUCUUUUUCUUUUUCUCCCGUUCCUUUUCUUCCUUUUGUUCUUUUACAUUUUCUCGGUAUCGUUGAAGCAAGUAGUUGGUGGGAGCUUCUGCAGAACGUUUCUAGUGUUUUGUGUAGGCUUUUGAAUCAAAUUAUGGAUAGUGAUUCUUUGGUAAUUGCCAAUGGAAAUGGCAUUGAGAACUCACAGCCGAAUCCUCAGAGGACUUACCAAGCAGUAGUAAUUGCAACCCGAGAUAUGGGUAUUUCUAAGGAUGGGAAAUUACCAUGGACAUUGCCUACUGAUCAAAAGUUUUUUGAUGACAUCACAACAAUAACAUCUGAUCCUAAGAAGAAGAAUGCUGUUGUAAUGGGUAGAAAAUCAUGGGAGGCUAUCCCUCCUGAGAGCAGGCCUCUCAGUGGCCGUCUUAAUGUUGUUCUGACUCGCUCAGGUAGUUUUGAUAUUGCAACUGCAGAGAAUGUUCUUAUAUGUGGAAGCGUGUCGUCUGCUAUGGAACUGUUAGCUGCUUCUCCUUACUGUCUUUCAAUUGAGAAAGUAUUUCUUACAGGCGGCGGUGAGAUAUUUAGAGAAGCACUUCAUGGACCUGGAUGUGAAGCCAUCCAUAUUACAGAAAUUGAAGCGAGCAUUGAGUGUGACACUUUUAUGCCUCGAGUUGAUUUGUCUGUAUUUCAUCCGUGUUCAAACUCUCUAAAAUUUGAGGUCAAGGAUUUUUCUUUUCUUCCCAAGAUUAUUUUUGAGAGACACGAGGAGUACAAGUAUCUUAAAUUAGUUGAAGAAAUCAUUUCUGAAGGUACAACUAAGGAUGAUAGGACAGGGACUGGUACCUUGUCCAUAUUUGGUUCCAAGAUGAGAUUUAAUCUGCGAAAAAGCUUUCCACUUUUAACAACUAAGAAAGUAUUUUGGCGAGGGGUUGUUGAAGAACUUCUUUGGUUUAUCAGUGGCUCAACAAAUGCCAAGGUGCUGCAGGAAAAAGGCAUUCAUAUAUGGGACGGAAAUGCAUCGAGAGAAUACCUUGAUAGCAUUGGUUUGAAAGAAAGGGAGGAGGGUGACUUAGGACCUGUUUAUGGGUUUCAGUGGAGGCACUUUGGUGCAAAGUAUACUAACAUGCAUGAGGACUACUCCGGCCAAGGAUUUGAUCAGCUUUUAGAUGUUAUUAAUAAGAUAAAGCAUAAUCCCGAUGAUCGACGCAUCAUCCUCUCAGCAUGGAAUCCAUCUGAUCUUAAAUUAAUGGCUCUUCCACCAUGCCACAUGUUUGCACAGUUCUAUGUGGCAAAUGGGGAGUUAUCGUGUCAAAUGUAUCAACGAUCUGCCGACAUGGGCCUGGGUGUGCCGUUUAAUAUUGCAUCUUAUGCGCUCUUGACAUGCAUGAUUGCUCAUGUUUGUGACCUUGUUCCAGGUGAUUUUAUCCAUGUUAUUGGGGAUACACAUGUUUACCGCAAUCAUGUGAGGCCUUUGCAGGAACAGCUCCAAAACCUGCCAAAACCUUUUCCGAUUUUGAAGAUAAAUCCAAAGAAGAAAGAUAUAGAUUCUUUUGUGGGUGCUGAUUUCAAGCUCUUAGGCUAUGAUCCUCACCAGAAAAUAGCAAUGAAGAUGGCUGUUUAG